AUGUGCGCGUCGUUUCGAAAAGGUUGCGAAAUACUCUUUGGAGACAAUUUGCGCAGAAAGGUUAAUAUUAAUAAGAUUUAAGGAAUUUAGCUUAACUCAAAGUUCCUUUAAUUAAGGAAUUAAUUAAUUUAAGAAUGUUUUGAACAAUAUUUAAGGAUAAAGCCUUAUAAUUUAACAUAACUGAAAAGCUUACAAUUAAAAAAAAGAACAAAUUAAUCAAUUAUCCAGAUGGAGAGCCCAAUUUGUCAAGAUUUGGAGCAAUUAUUAUACACAACUUCUCGUCCAGAUGAAACAUCACAUAAUUGUGUUAUUGUGAUUGAUAAACAUUCUGCAUUCACUUUUCAUCAUGGACCACACGAGAAUUUGACUGAAAAUCAAGUUGUUACCAUUUAUAAUACACUGGAUAGCAAUAUACAGUUUGAGGUAUGAAAGGGUACUUAAAGUAUAGUUAAAUAAUACUUUAAGCACAGUUUAACGGGUACCCUUAAGGUACUGGGAUCAUUUAAGCACGCUUAAGUGAUCGCUUAACCGAUUUAAAGAUGAUUAACGUUAUUUUACUUUAACGCUAAGUGCUUUUUCCAGUGUGUUGUGGGCAAGGAAUCAAUCUAUUAUGAUUUGGUGUGUCUAAAACUCAUUGAGGGCGAAUUCCCUGUGGUUCCAAAGUUGGGUGGUUCAAUUUCCAACGGUCAAGAAUAUAUAAUGGUUGGGUUGGAUGCUGAAAAAUGUCCGAUUUGGAGGGAUGGAGUGAUUUCUGAGAGUAAUAGUAUGUUUAAUGUCGAAACCUGAUCGCUAAGCCAACCUAAAUAAAAAAUUAUAGGCGAAGAAGUCUUGACCUACUACACCGGAACAACUGAAGGAGAUUUUCCGGGUGCCGGAAUUUUUGACGAGUUUGGAAGGUUGCUUGGAAUUGUCGUCGGCAUAGAUCUAGCUGAAUCAGGUGACAAUCGAAUUCGAAUGAUUGGAUAUGAGGUAUACCCAGCUUCACCAACAUAUUCAGCAGUGUCUCCAGUGUACUCGGGAACCCCAGCUUCACCAACAUAUUCAAAACUUUCUCCAUCAGGCCGGGGUUACUCAGGUUCACCAACAUAUUCACCAACUUCUCCGUCGUACACGGGAACCUCAGCUUCACCACCAUGGUCAUAUACUUAA